AUGGCGAGGCCUCUCUCUCGAUGGCGUCGCUCCGCUCCGCGAGACGGCGCAGGAGGCUCUUCGAGCCUCUCAAGGAGCGCCCCCCCCCCCGACGCUGCAACUCCUCCAGCCUCGACGGCUGGCUUCGUUUCUCCUCCCGCGAACAUUCAUGUUCUUACGAGCGUUCUCUUCGGAGAUCGUGGCCUUGAAGCCUUCAAUAGGCUGACUCUAGACGAUGAAUUCAUUCUGCACUUUUAUGGAGUUCGACAGACGUUCUCGAAGCCAGCCGUGCAGGAGCACUGCGAACGUGCCCCUGGAGGAGGCAGCAACGGCGGAUUUCUGCAUACGGUGAUGUGGACAGUGCGGGGGAGAGAAAUGAAGGCAACUGGCAUUGGUCGGUCGAAGAAGGAUGCAAAGAAAGAGGCAGUGAAAUCGCUGCUGCUGCAGCUGGGAGCUGUGGCCGCUCAGGAAUAUGAGCAAAUGACGCGUGUCAUCUUCAACACGCUGCGAGGGAAGCUGAACGCAAAACAGAGAGUCAUUCCAACCUCAAGACCGCAGCACAGCUUUGAGUGGACGUUCUUGAUGGAUGGCGAGAUGCAAGUUGUGGAGGCUACGGGGAGCGGGAGUCAUGCGGCAGAAGCCGAGAUUGCUGCCAUGCAGGAUAUGUAUAUUCGCGUGCAGGAGUUGAAAGAAAAAGCUGCGAUCCGACGGGCUGUCUUGAAUGCUGAGGCUUCAAAGAGCAGAAAGCAGCAGCAGCCUCAGGAGCAUCGCAGUCCGAUUGCGCGUCCUUCCCAGCUGUCUAAACACACGGCUGGCGAGAUCAACAUGCUGCACAACACCGUAACUGCACAGAAUCAGAUUAAAGCCACCGAAACUAUCACGGAGGCGUCUGAAGGGCAUAAGUGCUCUCUUGAGUGGAAAUGGAAAUCGAACGACGGAAGAAUGCAUUCUCACGUGAUAGAGGCAGUAGGCUCUACAAAGGCAGGCGCGCGUGCGCAGGCAGCGAUGCAGAUGAUGCAGGCAGCAGGCUUCAUCGAGCACGUGGAGGACAAAGACAGGCAGGCCGCUAUGGCAGUUGUCGCUCUCGUGGAGAACAAAAAGGACCUAGCGUUGUACGUGGAGAGUGCAUGCCGGUUAAUCGCGGAAACUCGAGGGGCUGUGUGGCGUUUGUUUUUACCCGUUGUUUGGAGAGCGGCGAUGGCAGAAGGCAACAGGUCACUUGUGAACGUUCUCAUUGAUCAGCUCAAGAUGCAGGCAGCACCCAGAUCGGCAGUGGCAGUUGCAGCGCAGGGAGAAGCAGCAGGCCAAGGCCCCUCCGGUGUAUCUACACAGGAACCUGUCAAGUCUUCCUAUGACGCUCCUAAAGUGAUGCCUCCCGAUCUGUGGGAAACGCUUCUAGACGAAUGUACAGUCCUGACCAACUGCGAAUUUGGACAGUCAGUGUUGCACGAGCUGGGAGGCCUUUCGCUAGACAGCAGCUGGUUCCCAUCCACACUGGCGAUGCGGUACUUCCACAACUAUCGGCUUAUGUUGGCUUUGGAGUGGCAGGCGCAGGUGGCAACAAACAUCAGUGACAGGAGAGCUUUCGCGGAUUUGGGGGAAGGGAAACACGUUGUGCUUACUCGCAAAGCGGCGACGUUUCCCGUUUUCUCUUUUUCUACGUUUCUUAGAGAGGAGGAACGUAUUUUCCUCAGAAGCGUUCAGUUCAGAGAAGAUGAUAUUGUACUGCUUCGUCCUGCAGACACGCAUACGUUUACUGAAGAGGAAUCUUGGCAACGAUGUUUUGUUGGUGUUGUAACCAGCGUGAAGGGAGAUUUUUCAGAUUCUAUGAAUGUCAAUAUCCGUGUGGCGACCGCAGAAGUUAAGAAAUACCCGGAAGUUUUCACUUCCAACAAGUUCAAGCUGUAUUACUUAACGCCGGCAGUAACACAUGACAGGAUGGUGCAGGCGCUGAGAGGUCUCACCAUGUCCAAGCAUCCCGCAGGCAAAUCCCCCCCUCCCUACGUCUUCGCGCCGGAAAUCCGCUACCUCCUGCUGCACACCAGUGAACCCGUUGCGGAAAAGGUCUCUGGCCGGGGCCCUGUUCCCCAGCUGAGCGACACGGAUCCUCAACAGUACAACCCUCUGCAUCAACUCGAUGAGCUUGCUGACGGCGACUCCUGCAAAAAACAACGGGUACAAUCUUCUCUUCUGCAACAAGUUGCCAUGCAGGCCCGUCGUCAGACUCCUUCCUCCAGCCGCAGCAGCAUGGAAGACUCUCACGAGAUGCUGGCAGACGGCUUUAGACUUCCGACGGGGUUGCCUCUCAACGAGGCGCAAAGGCAGGCAACUAUCAGCGCUAUGACAAACAGACUGACGCUUGUGCAAGGGCCCCCCGGAACAGGCAAGACGCAUGUAGCCUGUGCAAUCAUCGACGCGUGGCAGCGGCUGAAUCCAACGAAGAAGAUUCUAGCCGUUGCUGAUUCCAAUGUCGCAGCGGAUAACUUGAUGGAAGGGCUGAGCAACCGAGGCAUCCGCAGUGUGCGCGUUGGCAGCGGCAGCGAGUCAGAUCUGAAGGAAGAAUCAAUUCAAGAUCUCCCGAGGUAUCGAGAUCUCCUAAGGAUGCGAGACAAAAACUCUGGAGAAGCGCGAAGCCUCCGCAUGCUGCUCGUCAGGGAGGCCGUUAGGAAGUAUAGCGUCAUUAUUGCGACUUGCGUCGGAAGUGGUCACGAGAUGUUUGACGACGUCACUUUUGAACGCGUUAUAAUUGAUGAAUGCGCGCAGUCCAUUGAGCCUUCCAAUUUGAUUCCUUUGGGGCAUGGCUGUCGGUCGGUCGUCCUUAUCGGAGAUCACAAACAGCUGCCACCUACCAUAGUUUCGCGGGAAGCCAGUGAUGGGGGGCUGGGAGUUUCUCUGUUAGAACGGUUUGUAGGGAGCGGCAUUGCACCGAUCCAUCUUCUAAACGAGCAGAGGCGGAUGCAUCCCAGCAUCGCACAUUUCCCAAAUAUGCAGUUUUAUCAGGGAAAAAUCUUUAGCAGAGACGUGGAUGAUUGCAAUCGCCCUCCCGUCGCAGGCUUUCUCUGGCCUUCUCCCCACAGCCGCGUGUGCCUCAUAGACAUCUCUUCUGGCCUCGCCAACAUGGAAUUAUCGCUGGGAACAUCGAAGUACAGCCUGGUGGAAAUCGACCCUAUAUUGGCGAUUUUGCGGUCCGUAUUGCAGUGUGGCACCAUUCGCCCGAGCGAGAUUGGUAUUCUUACGCCGUAUGAUGCGCAGAAAGCCCGCAUCCGCUUCGCACUGAAUGACUCCUUUGACAAGGCGUUAAGCUACCAAAUAGAUGUGGAUUCAGUUGAUGGAUUUCAAGGGAAAGAAAAGGAUCUGAUUAUUUUCAGCGCGGUUCGCUCGAAUCCGCGAGGCGAAAUUGGGUUCCUGAAAGACGCGAGACGUCUCAACGUGAUGUUGACGCGGGCCAGAAGGGGGCUUCUCGUCGUAGGGGAUCAAUUGUCUCUCUGGGCGGAUACUGUUAACUGGAGGCCGUGGAUUUCUUGGGUUGGAAGCCAGCGUUCUAUUAUCCCCGUUUCGCGGCUCAACGACUAUCUGGAAGUUCCCACAUACAACUUCAACCCCGUGUCCACCAGCGGCCCCCGUGUGGGCGCCACUGCAGGUGUCAGUGUAGGCGCAGUGGCAACAACCAGUGGAGCGACGGCUCUCAAGUCGGCGUAUAUGCCGCAAGGUUUCCAAGCGGACUUCGGAUCCGGUGGAAUGAGCGCUCGGGGAGAGGACGGGCGUGACGCUGCACCUGAGCCAAUGCAUGAGGAGGAGGAGGUUCCCGAAGACUGGGAACAACACCUCUGA